UGAUAGUGUGACAAAUCUAGCCAUUUCCAUUGGAAGCAAUUGAGUUGAGGUCGGCGUCAGCAUCAUCGACAGGCUUCUUCUUCAUCAAUAUUGCAGACACCGUGACCAGCGCUGACUGGUGAGAAGAAGCUAUGUUCCAUUGUUCCAAGGCCUUGGCAGAAGUUUUGAGAGGGAAGUUUGGGCGUUCCUAGCGAGAAAGGCAUGGAUGAAUGGAUGCAUAAAAGGUCGAGGAGUUGGAGAGGUGGUUGAGGAGCUUAAGAGGAUGGAGGGGUGGCCGCAGAUUUGAAUAUCUCCCGGAACCCUAAAUCGAAGUUGGGGUUUUCCGGAAUCCUAAAUGAGCAUUACAAAAAAUAUAUUUUAUUUUUGACCUUUUUCCUUAAAUCCACGUGGACGCUCAUUGAAAAAAUGUGGUCAGGUCAAUAUUUUUGUCAGUAUAGUCAUAUCGUUAAUUAACAUCGUUAAAGAAAUGGACGGAAGUGAUUAUUUUGUGUUUCCGGAUAGUUAUAACUAUAUUUAUUACAACUGUGAAAGUUAUACGUGUAUUUUCUAUUUUGCGUUUGUUUUAUUUCAAAAUCAUAAGUGGAUCUACAUAACGAUGUCCUAGAGAGUUGUUAUUUGGGCUUUCUCAUUUUAUCUUCCAGUUUUAAUCCAUUUUCCUAUUUCUUCUUCUUUCGCCAACAAGUGCAUCAUAAGUGGGCUUUCGUUGCAAUUUCGGACUUUCAUUGUUGGGCCUGGUGCUCGUCCAACCAAGGCCUUAUACGUGGCAAGCGUCAACCUUCAUAGGUUGUUCACUUGUUCGGCCGUGUAUUUGUGAAAUGUGAUAUUUGCAUUUAAAUACCAGAUAAUCAACACGUAUUAUAUACAUAUUAUUUUGAUAAUAUUUUUUUAUAAUUUUGUAUGUAGUAUUUUUAUUACAAAUUAUAGUUAAAAAAUGUUAUAAAUAGUAAAAUCCAUGAUUUGGCAUUUUCACUAAAUUUUUGGUUUAAAGCUCACAUGCACGAUCCUGAAAUAAUAUUUUCAAUUACUGACAUAUGGAAUUUUUUCUCAAAAUGUCAUUUUUUAUUGAAUUUAUUUUUAAUACAUUAUUUAUUUAAGUGAAGAGGAAUGAACAAGAUUUUGGUCUAAGAGAUAAACAUAACUCAUGAGUGAUAUGAAGGUUUAAAAUGGAGAAGGGAGAUGAUGUAGAACAUACUUGUUGCAUAGUCGAUAAGUGAUGUGCAAGUAUUUAAAAUACAAAAAUUUCACAAAAAUCAUCAAUUCUAUUUUCUACGGGCUCCAGGAAAAUCCACCCACAAAUGAUAUCAGUUACAUUUUCUAAAAAAUAUCCAUAUAUUGGUAAUGGAUAAUUCUGCCAUUCCUUCCUAUUUAGCAAAAUUACAUACAUAGAAUAGAUCCCUUUAGGAUUUUGGAAAGAAAAAACGGAAAAUUGGAAAUAUAAAAAACACUUAUUUGAUUUCCCGCUUGAAGGCAAUUUGAUAGAUGAAGAUGGAUACGUAAUUGCUAUUAAGGGAAGGGUUCUGGAGUUUUUAAUACUUUUAGGAAAUUAAUUUCCUCCCAAACAGCACUUUAGUUUAGUCCCUGACGUCACCGCCGGGAACAGUAGGCGGCCGUCAGAUCUCUACCAUUCCCUUCACUCUUUCAUUCUUUCUUCCCCUAUCUUCCUUCCAAUCGAAUCUUUUCCCUCUUAUCCUGCGCACACCGGCCGACAACCCAGCGCACUUUAGCAAACUUGAUCUCUCUGCUACUCCUUUCCUCCUCCUAAAAAUGGAACCCUCAACCUCCCGAUCCCGCACCGGAGGCGGCGGCGGCAGCGGGGGGCGGGAAGACUGCUGGAGCGAAGGCGCCACGGAUACGCUAAUCGAGGCGUGGGGUGAUCGCUACGUCAGCGUCAAAGGCGGAAAUCUCCGCCAGAAGGACUGGAAGGAAGUCGCCGACGAAGUCAACUCGCGGCGCAGCGGCGGAUCGAAGAAGACCGACAUCCAGUGCAAGAACCGAAUCGACACUUUGAAGAAGAAGUACAAGGUCGAGAAGGCCAAACCACCGCCGUCGAAGUGGCAGUUCUACCGCCGCCUCGAUUCCCUCAUCAGUUCCGCCACAACGGCCUCCGGCGCCGCCGGCAGUGUAACCCUAACUGUCAGACCCAAAUCCAAAUCGAAAUCCAAAUCGAAAUCCCAAUCUAAAUCACUUCUGCUUAAGGCUGCCGAAGAGCUGUCGGGCGGGUCGGAUUCAAGCUGGUCCGGCGGGGACGGCGAUGCAGGGUUCGACCAGAGGGUGGUGAAGAAGCAGCACCGGAUGGAGGACGUGGGAUGCUCCGAUGGAGCUGCCUGUAGGGAAUUGGCGAGGGCGAUUCUGAAAUUCGUGGAGAUAUACGAGAAAGUGGAAAGCUCGAAGCAAAUUCAGAUGGUGGAGCUGGAGAAGCAGCGGAUGGAAUUCACUAAGGAGCUUGAGUUUGAGAGGAUGAACAUGUUUAUGGCUGCACAGUUGGAGAUGGAAAAGAAGAAGUCACUGAAGAAGCGAGCCAAAGACGCUUCUGGGUCAGGUGGAGACUGAAUUCCUGCAAACUGGAUGCUAUUUAAUUGGGAACAAGGGAGGAAUUUAGUACUAGAAUCACAUCUGCUGGUUUUAUCUAACCACACCUCUAGAGAAGGAAUCAUCGAACUCCUGUUGCUGCAAUCGAAGUCUGGGGUGGAGAAUGAUAUGACUGCUCUUUGUAUCUUAUGGCUUUAAGUUCUAACAUCGAUUAACUCCUUUGUACAUGUGAUCAGGUUAUUUUCCGCUACCGGGUUUCUCUGCACUUGAUAUAACCCAGAGAUGAUAAAAGCCCUCACUGUGUACCUUUUGUACUACUACUGCAGCUGCUGUUGUUAAUGGCAUUCCUUUGCUUUCCCAUUCGGAGUGGGUCUGUAAUGUAGGCUGUUAUUGCAAUAAAGGCACCACCUUCCCUUCACCUCGAGCAAUAUUUCUUGGGUUGGAUCUUGGUGUCCCCUUGAAUUAUGUCUCUGCAUAAAUGGAGAUACAGAGUCAUCCCCAGUUUUUUUUUUUUUACCAUUUCAUCUGUGGUGAAAGCUACAGAGCUUGCUCAAAAUGGAUGGUUUUCUUUUGCAGUUGCUAGCAAACUCCUCUACAGUGUUCUUCCCAAUUGCUGGUGGUUGAGACCAAAAGGAGAAAUAUCUGAAACGUACCCUAAAGUGAACUCUGGAAGCUGACACCACUUGCUUUCUGAGAUGAGAGCAACAAUUAAAAAGCUGACAAUCUUUGGAUUCCUAUUUGCCCACCACGUAAAGUGAACCGGCGGGGUGUGGCCUUGCUUGUUUCGUGGGGUAGGACUUGAUGAGGCGACAUCAUUAGCCAAUGCUCGGCAUUGUGAAUUGUGAUGGCCACUUGACUGUUUUUACCAUUUCUUCUUUGUUGGGUAUUCAUGAACAUCGGAAUUACUUAUGAAUCCGACGAAAGGGAGAGAAAUCCGUUUCCGUCUUUAUGUUGACUUCCAGUUUUAGAGCAGCAAUUUCUUCACAUCAAUGGUUCUGCUUUACAGGAUACAUGGGAAAGGAAGAAGAAGAAGAAGAACAAACUCUCUUUUGAUCA